AUGUCUCGGUUCCUGAACAUAACCGCCGCUGACAUGCAGAAAUUUCAACAGCAACCUGAAUAUAUGACCAAACCAAAACUCGUCCAGAUUUACGACAUCAAUUAUACUCGAUUCACACCGGCGAAAAAAAUACGAUAUCUUUUUAAGGAACCGAGUCCAAGUGAAUAUCCUCUGGAUCUGGAGUCCAACUAUGAAGUACCCAUUGAAUUGAAACAUGAUACGCAAACGAAUUUGCUACAUCCGCUAUUACAUUGCUAUUUUGGCAAAGAUCGUAAUGAUCGAGUGCAUUGCAAAGGCGAUGACGGACAAAGGCAUGAAAAUAAUCCGGAAAUGACCGAUGUCUAUACCAGACGUGGUAUUUUGGAAAAAAUCAUGGAAUUUUGUUAUGGCAAAUAUAAUUUUUGUGUACUUGUAUCACGUUACAAGGGUAAAAUUUUUAUGGUCGAAAAACCAAAGGAUGAAGAUAAAUUCGAUGAACAACAACAUGGGCAUAAACAUCAUCGGCGUAUAACUCAAUUGACAUCGAUUGACAUUUCGCCCGAAUUAUGUAAUCGCAACGAUGACAACGUAUUUCAAAUUGCCAUACAUGAAGCGAAUUUGGGAAAAUAUAAUCUACACUAUGUUGGCAGGGCUCAGUCUAUUAAAAUCACAGAAGAAUGCAGAAACGAUUUAAAUCAGUUGAAUAAAGUGGAAUUUAUUUCCACGAAACAAGUAUGGUCAAAUAUGCGCGAUAAAAGUUUAAAACUUUUAAAAUAUUGGUUGCAAACAUAUUUAUCGAAUGUAAGAGAAUUAUAUAUUGCAUAUAAAGACACAAAUGCAAUGGUUAGAGAUCCAAUAGAAUGUCGGAAAACAUGUGAUAUUCCAAAGAGUUGUUUUUGGGAGCCGAGUGUUUGUAUAACGUUUCUAAAUGAAUUUCUCACUAAGGUGGAGGAAGUUACGUCGAACACAGAUUCAUGGGAUACGGUUUUUGAAUUUCAUUUUGGUGCCCUAAACAAACAGGUUGUAUUAAUUACGAAAUCCGGUAAUGCUUUUAUACCAAAGGAAUAUAUUGAUUAUAUUCAAUAA